AAGAAGAGGAUGAGGAGGAGCAGGAAGUUCAGUUAACCAACCCGCCAAAUUUGGUUGUAAACAAAGUUUCCCUCAUUUUUGGCGGAAAAACAAUGAAUCAUUUUCACUUUUCUAUAUAACAGCGAUUAUUUUUGGGUCAACAAUGAAUUGCAGCGCAAAAGGAGUGAGCGAUUCCAAACAGUUUGCUGGCAGCAGUGACAGUGAUUCAAUAAAAGUUUUUGUUCGGGUACGACCUCUGACUCGGGGCACUGGACUGACCACAGAUGGAGAUCAGCGUCUGUGUCUCAAAGUCAUCUUACCAAACACCAUACAUCUCCUCUCAAAACCCGAGCCGCGAACCUUCACCUAUGAUCAUGUCUCUGACAUGGACACGUCACAGGACUCUGUAUUCUCCAGUGUGGCCAAGAGUAUUGUAGAGUCUUGCAUGAAUGGAUACAACGGUACCAUUUUUGCCUAUGGCCAAACAGGCUCAGGGAAAACGUUCACCAUGCUAGGACCUUCUGAGUUGGACAACUUUACAGAUGAACUGCGGGGUGUUAUUCCUCGUAGUUUUGAGUACCUGUUCUUUCUCAUCAACCGAGAAGCAGAAAGGUCUCAGUCCAAAAGUUUUCUGUGUAAAUGUUCAUUCAUUGAGAUUUACAAUGAACAAGUAUUUGACCUACUGGACACAGCCUCUGCUAGCCUGUUUGUCAGAGAAAACAUCAAGAAGGGGGUGUUUGUGGAGGGGGCAGUGGAGAAGUAUGUCAACUCUGCUGCAGAAGCUUACCAGGUGUUGUCUCGUGGUUGGCGUAAUCGCAGAGUGGCCUCCACCUCCAUGAACCGCGAGUCUUCGAGGUCUCAUGCUGUGUUCACCAUGAUUUUGGAGUCCAAGGAUUCCAUAAAUGAAGUGGUGAAUAUCAGGACUUCUCAGCUUAACCUGGUGGACCUGGCGGGCUCAGAGAGGCAGAAAGACACACACACUGACGGCUCCAGACUCAAGGAAGCCAGUAGUAUCAACCGCUCACUUAUGUGCCUUGGUCAAGUAAUUAUGGCUUUAGUGGAUGUAUCUAAUGGGAAGAAUCGCCACAUUUGUUAUAGAGACUCUAAACUCACAUUCCUGUUACGGGAUUCUCUGGGAGGAAAUGCAAAGACUUGCAUCAUUGCUAAUGUUCAUCCUGGAUCAAAAUGCUUUGGGGAAACAUUGUCUACCCUGCAGUUUGCCCAGAGAGCAAAGCUGAUCAAGAACAAGGCUAUUGUCAAUGAAGACACACAGGGAAAUGUGAGGCAGCUACAAGCUGAGCUUAAGAAGCUGAAGGAGCAGCUUGCACAGGCUCUCUCAUCUCAACCACUGCAUAAUGGGAGCGAUGUAGCACCAGGAGGACCAGAACCAUGCAUAGAUAUUGAACACGUUGCAUCGUAUAAAGUUAAGUUUAUAGCCGCUGUUCGUUUGUGGAGGAAACGUGAGGAGGAGAAGAAGGUGCUGCUUAAAAAGCUGUCUCAGCUAGAGGAGGCCUGGGCCCAGAAAGACAAGUUCAUCCACUCGAGUCGUCUGAUUGUCAAGUUCCGUGAGGAUCAUAUCAGUCGCCUUGAGAAGAAACUAAAGGCAGGAUGUGCUUCACUAACCGACGAGGAGUCACAGGCUUUUAUUGACAAGCUAAAGGAAGAGAUUAGCAUUUUACGAGACCAGGUUGACAACCACCCAAAGAUGACUCGCUAUGCAGCAGAGAACUACAGCCUCAGACAGGAGAAUUGUCAACUUCGCGCCAUUGUGUCAGUGGCGAACUCUGAAGCAGUUGAAGCACAAGUUGCUACUGAGCUUGAAGAAGACUUCCAGAGGGCUAUUGAAACUGAGAGUGUCACAGCUCCAGUGGGUGCCUUGACCUCCGUGGCUGCAGAUGCUCUUACUGCGUCCGCAAUGGAGAAGCUGAAAGUUCAGCUGCUGCAAAAACAGUCUGAUCUCACAGGAGCUCUACAGGCCUUUGAAGAGUACAAGGACAUCACCAGGAAGCAAAUGUCUCAAUUGGAGUCUGACAAAAGAUACCUUGACAAGUCCAACAAGCAUUUGGAGAACAUUCUGGAAGCCACCAAUGCCUACAAAAAACAAGAAGUCUCUGAAUUGAACAGAAUUCAUGUGGAAACUCUGAAGAUUCUCUCCACUCCCACCAAAGCAUACAACUUGCGCUCUCGUCUCGUGCCUCUGUCGAGCCCAGAGCACUUAACCAGCACUGACGAUAACACAGAUGACAUUUGGGCCGAGUCGCCCCCUUCAGACAUGGCUGAGAUGGCGCUGACUGAAGAGCUGCGUCAAGUCCAGGAGCAAACGAGUCAUGUGCGGUCCCAGUUAGGAGAGGAGGAGCUAAAGAACAGCAGGCUGAUGCAGCAAAUAGCAAAACUAGAAGAGCAGAUCUUUAUAAUGUCUCAGGAAUCUGGCCAAAAGGAUGAACAAUUUUCAACUGAGCGCACUAACAAGAACAAAGAGCAGCUCAAAUUUCAGGAAACAAUCAACAGUCUGGAACAGAACCUUCAGUCUGAACAGGAAGCUGCAGAAGUCCUGAGAAGUGAGAUCCAUGAUCUACGUCUGGUACUGCAGUCAUCUGACAAGGAGCUGGCCAUGGUGAAAAAAGAGCUGGGUGACAAGCAAUGUGAGCAGCAGAGGGAAACAAGCCAACUCUCCUCCAGUCUGAUGACCGCACAGCUCCAGCUCGACAAAGUCCAGCUGGAGUGGGAGCAGCUCCUGGAGCAGCAUCGGACUCUGCAGGAUUCUUUUGACCAGCUGCAAGCCGAGGCCAAGUUUGAUGCGGAUCAUGCGAGACAGCAGCUGGCGGACAGGCAGCAUGAGAUGGGUGCACUGCAGGCUCAGAUUGCAGAAUUAAACAACUUCCUGGAAUUGGAGCAGAAGCACACAAGCACGCUGACCUCCCAGUUAAGAGAAAACAAAGAAAGUAUAUCAAAAGAACUUGGUGAAACUGUUCAAGAGAACACAGAGCUUAGAAAACAAAUCUCAGUCAUGACCGUACAAAUCCACCAGCAUGUAUCCAAACUUGAUCAUCUAGAGCAGAACCAAUCAUCUGCCAAUAAAACUAUAAAAGGCCUGGAACAGAAAAUAGAACAGGACAAAGAUGUCUUUGUUGAUCUGAUCAACCAAACCAGAGAUGUCCGGAGUGAGCUGAGACACAAGGACCAGACCAUUAGCCAUCUUUCGGGCGACAUCACAGACCUUACUGCCAAGUACAACGCUGCCUGCUUGGAACGAGAAAAUAUACGGGAGCAAAACUUUAAGAUGCACACAGAAAUCACAGAACUGAAGGAAACUUUAGAGAGGAGCAUUGCAUCUAACAAAAUAGAGGUUGAGGUGUUGCAGGAAGAAAUGACUUAUGCCAAUGAGGAGGUGGAAAGACUCACAAAGGUCUUGGAUGAGCAGAGCAGCCACCUCCAAGCAGCUCAAGAGCAAACUGCUCAAAAGGAUGUACUGAUACAAAACCUACAGCAAGAAAUGCAGCAGCAGCACGAAGCUGUGGAGAAAACCAUAGAUGUGGAGUCAACACCUAAGUCAAUACUUAAGACCCCCUGCACCCCGGGGAGCUUCAGCAGAGACCUAACCCAGAUCUUGGAAAGCCAGGACAGAGAACUGGAGAAUCGACGGUCCUCCAUGAUGACCAUGGAAAUCCUCUUAACUGAGCUCAAUGCUGAGAGAGCGGCAAAGAAUGAGGAGAUUCAACGGCUCAAAGCACAGUUGAAUGAGAAAGAGAAGGUCCGCAUGGAGAUUCAGGGUUUGCUUGACCAGUUUUAUACCAAAAAUAGCAAGCUGCCUCCGAGCGGAACUGAAAACAGCGAGGAGCUCAUUGAAGGAAUCAAGCAGUCCAUUCUUAGAGAGCUACAAGAGGAGAAAGAAGAGAAGGAGGAAGUGAUGCAAAGACUUUCAGACACUCAAAAAAAAAUGCAGGCACAAGAAUCAAUGUUGGCCCAGUCACAGACUUGUGUUCAGGAGUUGACAACAGAAUUGAGAAAUCGCUGUCUCGAACUUCGUGAGCUGAGCCUGAGAACGCAGGAUGAGGACAAGCUCCUCAAGGAGAAUGAGGCUUUACGUAAGCAGAAUGUUCAGCUGUCAGAAGAGAAUGGAAAACUGGUGGGACACAAAAACCACAAACAAAGGAUUGAAUAUUUGGUGCAGCUAAAGAAAGACAACACAAGACUUCAGGCGGAAAAUGAAAAGCUCCGAUCGGUGAUGAGCCUAAUGCAACAGGACAACACUGGACCUUUGCCCUUAAAAUAGUUGUGAAUCUGUUUGAAUGCUCUUUUUAUUUGUAAGGAUUUUUUAAUUCACCAUUUGUUAAUUGUCAUUUUGUUACCUCUUUGGAGAUCCACAGCAUAACGUGUUUUUUUUAAUAUAUA